CCACCGUCAGCCGCAGGCAACCGAAUCCGCGACCCCGCGCGCCGCGGCCGGCCACCUCGGUUUAUAUCUCACGCCCGCGGCGGCCCGCCCUAGCUGUCAUCGCUCAUCACGCUAUCAGUCUCACUCUCACUCGCUCUCCACUUCACAUCACCGCAUCAGCAGCAGAGGAGGAGGACGGGAUGCCGGCCGGGGUGGUGGACGCGGCCGCCAAGGGCGUCAGGCCGGAGCGGCGCGCGGCGGGCGCCAAGAAGCAGCUCGUGUCGGCGUCCUCGCACCUGCUCUUCCGCGCCACCGUGCUCGCCACGAUCGCGCUCGUCGUCCUCUUCGCCGCGCACUACCCGUCCCUGCUCUCCCGCUCCUACAUCCUCUCCGCCGCGGCGUACGGACGGGGCGCCGCGUCGUGGGAGCGGGAGGUGCGUCGCAGCGCGGCGCCGCGGCGGGACGGGGCGCUGUCCGUGCUGGUCACGGGCGCGGCGGGCUUCGUGGGCCUGCACUGCUCGCUGGCGCUCAGCGCGCGCGGCGACGGCGUCGUCGGCCUCGACAACUUCAACGCCUACUACGACCCGUCCCUGAAGCGCGCGCGGCAGCGGCUGCUGGCGUCGCGCGGCGUGCUGGUGCUGGACGGCGACGUCAACGACGCGGCGCUGCUGGAGCGGCUCCUCGCCGCGGCGCGCAUCACGCACGUGCUGCACCUGGCCGCGCAGGCGGGCGUGCGCCACGCGCUGCGCGCGCCGCAGGCGUACGUGGCCGCCAACGUGGCCGGCCUCGUCGCGCUGCUCGAGGCCGCGGCCAGGCACGCCGACCCGCAGCCGGCGCUCGUGUGGGCGUCCUCGUCGUCCGUGUACGGGCUCAACGACGACGCGCCCUUCUCCGAGGACCACCGCACGGACCGGCCCGCGUCGCUGUACGCCGCCACCAAGAAGGCCGGCGAGGCCAUCGCGCACGCGUACAACCACAUCUACGGGCUCUCCAUCACCGGCCUCCGCUUCUUCACCGUCUACGGGCCGUGGGGCCGCCCCGACAUGGCCUACUUCUCCUUCGCCCGCAGCAUCGUCGCCGGCGAGCCCGUCACGCUUUUCCGCGCCGCCGACGGCGCCGUCGCGCGCCGCGACUUCACCUACGUCGACGACGUCGUCAGGGGCUGCCUCGGCGCGCUCGACACGGCCGGCAAGAGCACGGGCUCUAGGUCCGGCAAGAAGCGCGGCCCGGCCCCGCUCCGCGUGUACAACCUCGGCAACACCUCGCCCGUGCCCGUCACCCACAUGCUCGCCAUCCUCGAGAAGCUCCUCGGCAGGAAGGCGCGCAAGCGCGUCGUCACGAUGCCGAGCAACGGCGACGUGCCCUUCACGCACGCCAAUGUCAGCCACGCCGCCCGCGACCUCGGCUACCGCCCCGCCACCUCGCUCGAGGCCGGCCUCCGCCAUUUCGUCGACUGGUUCGUGCGGUACUACAAGGUCGACGUCGGGGGCGGCAGUGCCGACGCCGGCAAGACCGCCAAGAGGAAAUCCAUGCCCACGUCCGCAGCAUCGUGAGGAGCCGCGCCGCGCAGCGUGUUCCCCGGCCGUCCACCAUUCAAUUCAAGUGUGCAUUCGAUUGUCCUUGGAGCUAGUCUAGCUAGCAGUGUCCCGUAACUGGCUUCCUUCAUGGUUCAAAUCAUUCUGCUCAAAUUGUUACUUUUUUUUUGGGUCAGAUAACUAGUAUCUCCAUUCUACUUCACUGCGAGUCUGUGACCUAUACGACUCAUGCCAGGAAAUCAAAGAUGCUGUGAUUGAUGUAAAUCUACGAAGUUGCAGGCUGCCAGAACGACAAAUGUUUAUGUUUC